AUGACCGACAAGUUGACUCUCAGAAAGUCCAAAUCACCUUUACUGGUGCCCCGAAAUCAACUACUCCAUAGUUCUGUCCCUUUGAAAGUCUGGGUUAAAUUGGAUUCGAAGAGCGUACAACCGACGGACAUUAAUCAACCGAUUGCCAUAGAGUUCGAGGAAAGUGACACAGUCGACGACCUUAAGAAUCAUAUCUUCUCGCGACUAGAAAAUACAAGGUGGGCUCUUGAGAAUGACGCUGCUGGAAUUUGCAUUGGGUUUUGGUGUGGAUGCUCCCUCAACAGUGGUGAUAAUUCAGCUAAUGUCGAGGCUUUGAAAGAGCCCUGGCAAGAUUCUAUCUCAGGAUCCCCAAAGAGUGUAAAUGUAGACCUGUGUCGUGGUCCAUCUACUGCAUGGCAGCUUUCAAGGGCUGGAAGUCCUAGGGCGGCUGCACCGCUGGCUCCUUCUCCUCAUGCACCUUACAAGAAACUACAAGUUCCUGGCCAAGUUCCCACCCCAUUAAACCACAUGAGAAUCUCAGCGAAACAGGAAAGGGUCACUCCAUCACCAACUUACAUUGCCCAUUCUCGGCGGCCAUUGCGACACGCAUUGAUGUCCAAAGAAUUCUCACAGACCGAACAUCAAGUUAUUUUCGAGCCAGACGAACUCGUCAUUAACGUUUGCAAUAAUUUGUUUGGUGGUGUUUCUAUGCAAACGGCAGCUGAUGCAUUGACCAUCUUCUUCAAUGUCAAAGAGCGAGAACCACCCUUUCUUGAAAAUGAAUUAGAUGACCUCGGAAUAGUUGAUGAAAAUAUAGAUGACAAUGAGAGUGAACCUCGAGAAGAUUACAAGCUGAUAAUAAGUGAAGAGCAACUCAGGAGAUUAGGCCAUGCGAUAGAUGAGGACAAUCCCGAUUGUCACAAGCAAGCAAUUCUGCUAUUACCAAAGAAUUUCGACGGUGAUUUUAACUUGCCAUCUCCUGCCUUGUCAUCUCCCUCCGUCACUACCUCCAAGGCAUCCACUGCAGUAAAUUCACCUUUAGGAAUGGCUGCACCCUUAGUUGAAGAAGAGAUCGGGCUGGUACCGUCUCUAGAUCCCCGAGUACAAAGAGAAGGGUCACCCUUGUCUUUCGGCUUAGAAGCAGUCAGCGCUGCAUUCGUUACUCGAGACAAGCUUUUUCCAAGAAUAAAUGUAUUGAUUGUUGAAGAUAAUGUCAUUAAUCAAGCAAUCCUGGGAUCUUUCCUACGAAAGCAUAAGAUUGCUUACAAAGUUGCUAAUAAUGGAAGAGAAGCUGUAGACAAAUGGAAAGAAGGAGGUAUGCAUCUAAUUCUCAUGGACCUACAGUUACCACUCCUGUCUGGUGUAGAUGCAGCGAAAGAGAUCAGACAACUGGAGUCUUUAAAUGGCAUAGGUAAGCGAAGAAUAAGAAAACGCCAGCCACCAAGUAGAACAAAUUCUUCGACAAAACUGAGCAAGAGAGAAACUCCACAUAGGAAGGUCGUAUCAGAAGAUAGAAAUUGUGACGAGGAAGCCGAAACUAAAGCCAUUUUGAGCAAAGAUAAAAGCAAAGUGCUUGAUAGGAAUCUUUUCAAGGCCCCUGUUAUAAUUGUCGCGCUUACAGCCUCCAAUUCAGAGUCCGAUAAAACUGAGGCUCUCCUGGCGGGGUGUAAUGACUAUUUAACGAAACCGGUCAAUCUUGAUUGGCUUAGCAAUAAAAUAACCGAAUGGGGCUGCAUGCAAGCACUUAUUGACUUCGACAGUUGGAAUCAAGGUCAAAGAAAAAAAUCUACCGGUUCAUUGGCUAAAUCUUCCGCUCCUUCCCGUCUUCCAGCAGCUCCAUCGAAAACGCUUUCAAAAGGGGCAGAUCCAUGA